AACAGAUAGCUCGCUCGCUCGCUCUCUUCAUCUAAUCUUUCCUCCUCCUUCUCCUCUCUCUCUCUCUCGAGUGAAACGGCGGACAUAUCUGUCGUUUAUAGUGCAACUUCGGCGCCGUCGUUUGGAGGGGAAAGAUGAGUCUCGAGGAUAUCAAGAACGAGACUGUUGAUCUGGAAAAGAUUCCGAUAGAGGAAGUGUUCCAGCAGCUAAAUUGUACAAGGGAAGGUUUAACAACACAGGAAGGGGAAGAGAGGAUCCAGAUCUUUGGACCAAACAAGCUCGAAGAGAAAAAGGAGAGCAAGAUUCUCAAGUUCUUAGGGUUUAUGUGGAACCCACUCUCAUGGGUCAUGGAAGCUGCUGCCAUCAUGGCCAUUGCUUUAGCCAACGGUGAUGGUCGGCCUCCGGAUUGGCAGGACUUUGUUGGUAUCAUCUGUCUUCUCGUUAUCAACUCCACUAUCAGUUUCAUUGAAGAGAACAAUGCUGGUAAUGCCGCUGCUGCUCUCAUGGCUGGUCUUGCUCCCAAAACAAAGGUUCUUAGAGAUGGGAAAUGGAGUGAGCAAGAAGCUGCUAUUCUCGUCCCAGGAGACAUCGUCAGCAUCAAACUUGGAGACAUCAUCCCUGCAGAUGGUCGUCUUCUUGAAGGUGAUCCUUUAAAGGUAGACCAAUCUGCUUUAACAGGAGAGUCUCUCCCUGUAACCAAGCACCCUGGUCAAGAAGUUUACUCUGGCUCAACCUGCAAACAAGGAGAGAUCGAAGCCGUUGUUAUCGCCACAGGAGUUCACACUUUCUUUGGCAAAGCUGCUCACCUUGUGGACAGCACCAACCAAGUUGGACACUUCCAAAAAGUUCUUACAGCAAUUGGAAACUUCUGUAUCUGCUCCAUUGCCAUUGGUAUGGUGAUUGAGAUUAUAGUCAUGUACCCUAUCCAGCGACGAAAGUACAGAGAUGGGAUUGAUAACCUCUUGGUUCUGUUGAUUGGUGGUAUCCCCAUUGCUAUGCCUACUGUCUUGUCUGUCACCAUGGCUAUUGGCUCUCACAGGCUCUCUCAGCAAGGUGCGAUCACCAAGCGUAUGACUGCCAUUGAAGAAAUGGCGGGGAUGGAUGUUCUGUGCAGUGACAAAACCGGGACGCUGACUCUAAAUAAACUGAGUGUGGAUAAAAACUUAGUUGAGGUUUUCUGCAAGGGUGUGGAGAAAGAUCAGGUUCUGUUGUUUGCAGCUAUGGCUUCAAGGAUUGAGAACCAAGAUGCCAUUGAUGCAGCCAUGGUUGGGAUGCUUGCUGAUCCAAAGGAGGCUAGAGCUUGCAUCAGAGAGGUUCACUUCCUUCCGUUUAACCCUGUGGAUAAGAGAACUGCUUUGACUUACAUAGACUCAAGUGGUAACUGGCAUAGAGUUAGUAAAGGUGCUCCUGAGCAGAUCCUUGAGCUUGCCAAAGCCAACAGUGACCUUAGCAAGAAGGUGCUCUCUAUCAUUGAAAAGUAUGCAGAGCGUGGUCUCAGGUCAUUGGCUGUUGCUCGUCAGGUGGUGCCUGAGAAAACAAAGGAAAGUCCAGGUGGACCAUGGGAGUUUGUUGGCUUGUUGCCACUUUUUGAUCCACCAAGACAUGACAGUGCUGAAACCAUUAGAAGGGCUUUGAAUCUUGGUGUUAAUGUCAAGAUGAUCACUGGUGAUCAACUUGCUAUUGGUAAAGAAACUGGACGGAGACUUGGAAUGGGAACAAACAUGUAUCCAUCUUCAGCUCUUCUCGGUAGUCACAAGGACGCAAACCUUGCAUCCAUUCCUGUUGAGGAGUUGAUAGAAAAGGCUGAUGGUUUCGCUGGAGUCUUCCCAGAGCACAAAUACGAGAUUGUGAAGAAGUUACAAGAGCUGAAACAUAUCGUUGGAAUGACUGGUGAUGGUGUGAAUGAUGCUCCUGCUUUGAAGAAAGCUGAUAUUGGUAUAGCUGUGGCUGAUGCCACUGAUGCAGCUCGUGGCGCUUCGGAUAUAGUCCUCACUGAGCCUGGACUUAGUGUUAUCAUCAGUGCUGUUCUCACCAGCAGAGCUAUAUUCCAGAGAAUGAAGAACUACACUAUUUACGCAGUUUCCAUCACAAUCCGGAUUGUGUUUGGUUUCAUGCUAAUUGCUCUGAUAUGGGAGUUUGACUUCUCAGCGUUCAUGGUUCUGAUCAUUGCCAUUCUUAACGAUGGUACCAUCAUGACAAUCUCGAAGGACAGAGUCAAGCCAUCUCCCACACCUGAUAGCUGGAAACUUAAAGAGAUUUUCGCUACUGGAGUUGUCCUUGGAGGCUACCAAGCCAUGAUGACUGUUAUUUUCUUCUGGGCGGCACAUAAGACUGACUUUUUCUCGGACACGUUUGGUGUGAGGUCCAUUAGGGACAAUAACAACGAGCUAAUGGGUGCUGUGUACCUGCAAGUUAGUAUCAUUAGUCAGGCUUUGAUCUUCGUCACAAGAUCAAGGAGUUGGUCAUUUGUUGAACGUCCUGGGGCGUUACUGAUGGUUGCUUUCCUCAUUGCACAACUUGUUGCUACUUUGAUUGCGGUUUACGCUAAUUGGGAGUUUGCAAAGGUUAGAGGUAUUGGAUGGGGAUGGGCUGGAGUGAUCUGGCUAUACAGUAUUGUAACAUACUUCCCACAAGACAUUUUCAAGUUUGCCAUUAGAUACAUCUUGAGCGGUAAGGCUUGGCUCAACUUGUUUGAGAACAAGACGGCUUUCACAAUGAAGAAAGAUUAUGGAAAAGAAGAGAGGGAGGCUCAAUGGGCACUUGCUCAGAGGACACUUCACGGUUUGCAGCCAAAAGAAGCUGUUAACAUCUUCCCUGAGAAAGGAAGUUACAGAGAAUUGUCUGAGAUUGCAGAGCAGGCUAAGAGAAGAGCUGAGAUUGCUAGGCUUAGGGAGCUGCACACACUCAAGGGACAUGUGGAAUCAGUAGUGAAGCUAAAGGGCUUGGACAUUGAAACUUCAGGACACUACACUGUCUAAUAUGUUCUUAUUGUUGUUCUUCACCACCUCUUAAGGUUACUGUUUAUAUAGGGAAAAAUCUUUGUUUAUUGCUAUAACUCUUUCCCAAAUCAUAUUGUUAGUGUUCUUGUUUCUCCGAGUUCCAUAUGUAAUCUCUUUCGAAGAAUCAAGGCAUGCCUUUGUGUUUGGCACUUUACACAACA